AACCCAGCCCUAAAAAUGGUUUCAGUUAUUGUGAUGAUUGUUCAUUUUCAUCUGGUUAUUGUUGUUGAAAUCCGAUCUGAUAUCAUUUUCUUAAAUUUCGUCUUUCCUCCGCAGGCCAAAGACAAAGAGGAGCGUCUGUUGAAGCGGCAGCAGAACCGUGAGCGUAUGGAGGAGAAACGCAGACUGAGAGCAGCCCAGAACGAGGAACAGGAUCGGAAGAAACUGGCGGAUCAGAGACCCCGAGCUAAAGAGGCUCGAAAAGAGAAGAAGGUCCUGGAGAAGAAAGUGGCUCUGAGCAGACAGAGAAAGAGAGACUCCAGGUUAGUGGGGCAAAUUUUGGUAAAACCAGUAACGAGUUCCCUAAAGCUUGCAGUUUUCAGAAAACUCCAUAUGAUGCAUAAACAGAACAGAUGGUAAGACACUUCUCACUAA